AUGUAAAAUAUUAAAUUGCAAUUUAAUAAUCAGUCUUCAUUUAAUAGAAUUUACGAUUAUCUUGAUUAAAUUGCUCUUGCUCCUUAUCCAUCAGUUCCUUAAAAAUGUGUUAAGAAUAUACCAGCAUUUCCUUAAAUAAUAUUAAAUUCAAUAUAACCAUUAGUUUAUGAAGUAAAUAAAGAAGUUAAACCUAUAUUCAAUGUAAUUAUUCAAUAAUCAUUUAUAUAGAAUUAAUUAAAGUAAAUUUAAAUUAACUACUAAAGAGAUCAAUUUAGAAUUUAUAUUACAGGAUUAAAUAAAACAAUAAUUAUUAAUUAAAUCUAAAACCAUUCACCUUUAAAUUAAUCUAGAAUCAUUCUAUUAGAUAAAGUGAAAAGUAUAGAACAAUAACUGUGAAUAAAGAUAAUUCUAUUUUAAUAGCUGCUUGUGAUGAAUAUAUAAAAAAAUUUGAAUUUAAAUAAGAUUAAUUGAGACGAACUAAAAUUCUAAGUGAACAUAAGGAUUCUGUUACUACUUUAAAUUUCAUGAACAAAUCUAAUCAAUUUAUAUCUGAAAGUCUUGAUAAAUAGAUUAUAAUAUGGUCUACCAAUCAUAAUAAUUAAUGGAUUAGCUCAUAGAAAUUGAGAGGGCAUACUGAUUUUAUUUUUUGUAUAGUAUUGAACAAGAAUGAAGAUCUUAUCAUAUUAGGAAGUUGCGAUAAGACAAUUAAAUCUUGGUAUAAGUAGUAGUAAUGGCUUUGUUCAUAAACUAUUAUAGAUCAUACAUAUAGAGUAUAUGGGUUAAUUUUGAAUGAGGAAGAAUAGAUUGUUAUCUUGUGGAUAUGA